AUGACCUUUGCGACCCUCCGCGCCCUCCACAACAUCAUCGGCGACGCGCUGGACGACAUCGAGAACGUCUUUCGCCACGCCUCCGCUGCGUCCGACCCCCUCGACGCACUUCGUUCGCCUAUCUCGCCCUCUCCCUCGCCGCUUUCCCCUUAUUCUACGAACGCUGGUGCGACACCAUACUCGCCUUACUCCCCGUAUUCACCUACCUCCUCCGUCUCACAAUCUCCCGGUGACGUGGCCACUCAGGCGGGGUACGGGGCUGCGGACUCGCCGAGGACGCCUACCUUCGGCGCGACGACCAGGAAAAUGGGCAUGGCCCCCUGUGCGGUGCCGACGCCCCCUCCGAGCGGACGGACGCAGGGCGCAGGGAGGCCGGGCGCUCCAGAGCUUGACUGGCCAGUCUUGGACGAGGCGUACUACGACGAUGGGGCGGCUGCGCGUGCGAGGAGGGAGGUGGCGGAGAGGCUGUCAGAGAGCCCGGUGGUGCUCGCCGCGGUGAGCAGGCUCGUUGCGGCGUGCGGGCAGAUGUGCGCGAGCGUGCAGAGGCCGUUCUUGACGGUAUGCGAUGCAGCCAUGGGAUAUCACCUUCCUGCGGGUCUUCGUCUGCUGGAGGCGGCACAUAUACCUGAGAUCUUGCGAGACGCGGGUCCGAAAGGGAUGCACGUCGAGGAUAUUGCGCGUAGAGUGGGCGAGAUUCGAGCUGGCAAGAAGGCAUCCGCAAGCCAUGUUCUACGUUUGCUGGCGACGCACCAUAUCACGAGGGAAGUGAGGCCAAACGUAUUCGCGAACAAUAGGGUCUCGAGUGCCAUGGAUAGUGGAAGGAGUUUGUCUGAACUGAUGGAUGCACCUGAGGAGAAAUAUGAGGGCACGAACGGUAUCGCGGCUUUUGUCGGGCUUUGGUGCUUGUUCAAGUCAGCUGCCUACCUCGCGGACUGCUACUUACCUCCGCUGGAAGAGUCAUCGCGGACAAGCACGACGCAUUUGAUGCAUGCGCCGUUCAAUCUCGCCUUCCGCACGGAUGCACCGUACUUCGAAUGGCUUGAAACGGAGGAGAAUAGCUCUCGUCUCAGGCGAUUCGGCAGGGCUAUGACAGGGACUGCUGCAUGGGAGGUGCCUGGUGCAAUCGUUGGCGGCUUCCCGUGGCAUUCGUUGCCACAAGACUCCGUCGUAGUUGAUGUUGGUGGUGGAAUCGGUUCCACUUCGUUGCUGUUAGCACACGCGUUUCCGCACUUGCGGUUCUUGGUGCAGGACAGGCCCCAGGUUGUUACGAUGGGGGAAGCUGCGUGGCGUGAUAGAAGUCCUCAGUUCCUGGAGACUGGUCGAGCCGCGUUUCAAGCGCAUGACUUCUUUAGGCCACAGCCACUAUGGCCCACGGUUCUGAGAGACACGUCAGGCGUUGCGAACAAAGAGGACAUACCUGCGGUAUUUCUUCUACGUGUCAUUACCCAUGACUGGCCAGACCUCUACGUAACGCGGUUACUCCUGCAUCUCCGCCGUGCUGCAGGCCCAGAUACGAAACUACUUUUGGCGGACUGGAUCUUGCCCUUGGCUUGUAUUGACGAAGAUCCUGAUCCGGAGACGCCCAGAGAAAGGGUAGAGAUGACAGACAAGAUGAAGAUACAACCUCUCCCGGGAACCGUACGCACGCUCGCGCCUGAAGGAUCUCCGCUGCUCCCGAACCUGGGGAAGGCGAAUGCGAAUGCCUACUGGCUGGACCUGACGAUGCGCGUCACCUUCAAUGCUCAGGAACGUACACUGCGAGAGAUAGCUGCUCUGACGCUGACCGCCGGCUGGCGUAUCGUGCAAGUCACCAGAACAGAGGGCUCGCUCUUCGGGCACGUCAUUGCUGUGCCGACCGACGUCCCGCAAGAAAACCUCGCUUUGCUGGACGUACCAUUGCCAAGCCAAGCGCCGGUUACUGAAGUCAAAGGUUGGCCUUCAACCUUACUAACACUGAAGUGA